AUGGAUAGGAGGAAGGCAGACACAACGCCACGCCACGCAGCACAACACAACACCACACAAUGCAACGCCACGCCACGCCACACAAUGCAACGCCACGCCACGCCACACAAUGCAACGCAACACAACACAACACAACACACAAUGCAACGCCACACAACACGCACAAUGCAACAACACAACACAACACCACACAAUGCAACGCCACGCAACGCAACGCAACACAACACCACACAAUGCAACGCCACGCAACGCAACACCACACAAUGCAACGCCACGCAACGCAACACCACACAAUGCAACGCCACGCAACACAACACCACACAAUGCAACGCCACGCAACGCAACACAACACAACACCACACAAUGCAACGCCACGCCACAACACAACACCACACCACACAAUGCAACGCCACGCCACGCAAAACAACGCAACAUCACACCACACCACACCACACAAUGCAACGCCACGCAACGCAACGCCACACCACACCACACAACGCAUCACAACACAACGCCACACAACGCCACACCACACAACGCCACACAACACAACACAUCACAACACAACGCAACACCACGCAACACCACACCACACAACACCACACAACACAACGCAACACAAUGCCACGCCACACAACGCCACACAACGCCACACCACACAACGCCACACCACACAACGCCACACAACACAACACCACACAACACAACACAACGCAACACAACGCAACGCAACACCACACCACACAACGCAACACAACGCCACACAACGCAUACGCACAACGCCAAAAACACAACGCAACACAACACCAACAAUGCAACGCCACCACGCAACGCAACACAACACAACACAACCCCACGCAAACGCCACACAACGCAACACAACACCACGCAACGCAACACAACACCACGCAACACAACACAACACCACGCAACACAACACAACACCACGCAACGCAACACAACACCACGCAACGCAACACAACACCACGCAACGCAACACAACACCACGCAACGCAACACAACGCAACACAACACCACGCAACGCAACACAACACCAUGCAACACAACACAACACCACGCAACACAACACAACACAACACCACGCAACACAACACAACACAACACAACACAACGCAACGCAACUGA